GCACUUCGCCCCGAAAGCCUCCUGCGCGGUCCGCGUCGCGGCGACUUCGCCCAGCAGCAGCACCGCGGCGUCGCUCGAGCGGCGGUUCAGCAGACGAAUGACGUAAUCCGCCGCAAUCGCGUAGUUGCCGCUGGCAGCGAAGUGCCAGGCGCGCUGUCGCAGAAAAGCCUCCAUCUCCCGCGCAGACUGCCGCGCCACCCACGCAGCGCGGAGCCGAGCCAUCCUACCGCGCCCCACAACAACAAAGAAGAAGAGGGAGGAGGCACUCUAAAACGCAGGCGGGUGGCAGCAUUACGCCCACAGCACAGUCGCGCAGCUAUCAUUCUGCGCCCUGCCAGCACCCCAGGCAUUGUUCAACCGCUAAGAAAUGCCUACCCAACGAAAAAAAGCUUUCGACCCUUGAAGUACGCCCGUUGCGCCUCCCACCCCGCCCGAUGA